ACUUCACAUGGUCUCAUGCAGGACAAAAGGAGGUCCAGCACAAGAUAGAAGGCGCUCUGUGGACAACAACCUCAACACUCAUUUUUCAGGUUGGCCAUAGCGACCACAACAAGCCUUUAGAGUGCACAGUAAGCCACAGAGGUGGGAUGCAACAGACUGCAAACACCGUCCUGUCAGUUAAAUAUGCCCCAGAAAUUAGAAAUGCAUCAUCCUGUUUCUGGGAUGGUCAUCAUGUCAGGUGCAUGUGUAUCGUUGACUCCAACCCUCCUAGUGAAGUCCGUCUGCUCUCAGACCGAGAGCUGCUGAACACCAGGACAGAGCAGUUUGGCCUGCUCACUAUUGUGACUCUGGAGGCUGAUUUAGGACUGUCCAGUUCUGUCAAAUGCAUCGCCUACAACACUAUGGGCAAUGCCACUCUGUUGAUGUCUUUACCUCACUGUCAUAUUUAUAUCUAUAUUGGUGUUAGCAUUGGAGUAGCUCUUCUGCUUUUAAGCAUACUCCUCCUAGUAGUGGCAAGAAAAUAUUCUCAGAUAAGAUGUGACAAUGAAUCUGCUAUUGAACACAACCAUGACCUAGGGCUGGGGAAUCCACAAUACGCUGUUCCAAUGAGAAGUAAAUGUGCUGAUGUCCAUUACAGUGAUCACACAUACGGUAACGAAGAGAUCUUUGAUCCAGAGGAUGAUGCGUUGUAUGCUAAUGUUAGACAUUAACUGACUCUCGCUAUCCUGUAAUGUCAGAUGUUUGGUAAAGAAACACAGCGACAUGACUAAAACAAGUUAACAGCUCAGUUCUUAACUCCUCAGUACCAGAAUGCUUCUUGUGUGUAGUAAAAGCUGACUGAACUAAGGGUAACAACCACAAGAGGGAGCUGUUUUUCAUUUUAUUUCAAACAGUUCCAAUCAGGUGACUCCCCAUGUCAAGUUACUGGUCAGAUCUGUGGAAAGGGAAGCCCACUUAACAAAUUAUGUUCUUAGUGUGCAUGCACGUUGUUCUUGGUAUUUAUAGUAAUAAAAAAAAGAUAAAAUGAAUAAAAGCAAGACAGACAACUUUAAUACCAAACUGUUAAACAUUUAAAACAAAGCAAUAACAUCUGUUUGGAGACAAUCAGAUGGCAGACCUCCAUCAGUGAAGUUACAUAAUGCACUUUGAACUCUUUUUUGUCCAACAAUGACAACCCUUGAUCACAUGUUAAAAUCUCUUACUUUAACAGUUUUAAUUUUAAGAUAAUUUUAAAACCACUUGCUUCAGAUUAUUGAUGAUGGAGAUAUGUUGAAGAAUGUGGUGUUGUGCAGGAGCUGCCAUCACAUGAGGACAAGCUCAUGAGUCUUAAUCCCCUCAGCUCACCUCAUUGGUAUGCAGCCGAUGAACCUCUGCUGCA